AUGGAUUGUGAAAAUGAAUCCCGGAGCCCCGAAUUUCCUGCGGACUUGAAGUACCAAUCGGGCUUCGGGAACCAUUUCUCGUCGGAGGCUAUUGCUGGAGCUCUCCCUCGCGAUCAGAACAAUCCUCUCGUCUGUCCUUACGGCCUCUACGCGGAGCAGAUCUCCGGCACCUCCUUCACUUCCCCUCGCAAACUCAACCAGCGCAGUUGGUUAUAUCGCGUCAAACCAUCAGUUACUCAUGAACCGUUUAAACCUAGGACCCCCAGUCACGGGAAGCUUGUGAGUGAAUUUAAUGAAUCAAAUAGUUCUGCUACGCCAACUCAGCUACGGUGGAAACCGGUGGACGUUCCUGAAGCGCCGAUUGAUUUCAUUGACGGAUUGUACACUGUUUGUGGAGCUGGCAGCUCGUAUCUUCGGCAUGGUUUUGCAAUUCACAUGUAUGCUGCUAACAAAUCGAUGGACAAUUGUGCGUUCUGUAGUGCUGAUGGUGACUUUUUAAUUGUUCCCCAAGAAGGAAGGCUGUGGGUAACAACUGAAUUCGGAAAAUUUCAAGUAUCUCCUGGUGAAGUAGUUGUUUUACCUCAAGGGGUGCGGUUUGUUGUUGAACUACCAGAUGGACCAUCACGCGGCUAUGUAGCUGAAAUAUUUGGAACUCAUUUUCAACUCCCUGAUCUUGGACCUAUAGGGGCUAAUGGUCUUGCUUCUCCAAGGGACUUUCUUGUUCCUGUGGCCAUGUUCGAUCAGAGCUCCCAUCCCGGAUAUGUGAUUGUUCAGAAGUUCGGCGGUGAACUCUUUACUGCAAAACAAGAUUUCUCCCCAUUCAAUGUUGUAGCGUGGCAUGGAAAUUAUGUACCUUACAAGUAUGAUCUAAGCAAAUUCUGCCCAUACAAUACCGUCUUGAUUGAUCAUGGCGAUCCAUCAAUAAAUACAGUGCUGACUGCUCCUACUGAUAAGCCUGGAGUGGCUUUGCUUGAUUUUGUCAUUUUCCCUCCUCGGUGGUUGGUCGCUGAACAUACAUUUCGUCCUCCAUAUUAUCAUCGCAACUGUAUGAGUGAAUUCAUGGGUCUAAUUUAUGGCGGAUAUGAGGCAAAAGCAGAUGGGUUUGUUCCAGGAGGCGCAAGCCUUCAUAGCUGCAUGACUCCCCACGGUCCCGAUACUAAAACAUACGAGGCAACAAUUGCACGUGGAAAUGAAGCAGGGCCUCAUAGAAUUGCUAAUACUCUUGCCUUCAUGUUCGAGUCAUGUCUAGUUCCUAGGGUCUGCCGAUGGGCACUUGAAUCCACCUACAUGGAUCAUGAUUAUUACCAAUGUUGGAUUGGUCUGAAGUCCCAUUUCACAUGUGAACUUGCAAAAGAACAAACCCAAGACUUACAGAACGGGCUCGAAGAGAAGAAAUGA